AUGCUUUGCAUUUCGUACAUCAAAACGAGGAUGGGAACAAGUUCAAAAUGAAGUUGGUAACAUUCCCUAACUGACUUCUCAAGAACGAAAUCUACAUAUACAACCGUCAUCCAUGUCAGACAUUGACGAUGAAGAGUUUGAACAGCUAGGCCUUACGGCUCUUGAGCAAGUCGAAAAGACAACGACUUCUGGGAAUCGACCUCAACCGAUCAUUCCCCAAAAGGUUUCAAGAGUGACAGCUCAUGCGAUCCUUGUGAAUUAUCGACAGAAAGGAAAUCCUUUAUUGCCUAAUGUUCGGAAUGUGCCUUGGGAAUAUGCAGAGAUAGUUCCAGACUUCGUGAUGGGAAACGGGAUUUGCAGUUUAUUUUUAAGUUUAAAAUAUCAUCAUCUUCAUCCUGAAUAUAUUUACGGAAGAAUAUCACGACUAGGAAAGGCUUACAAUUUACGUGUCAUGCUAGUUCUAGUGGAUGUCGAAAAUCAUCAAGCUUCUAUCCAAGAGUUAGUGAAGACUAGUAUCGUGAAUCAGUAUACGUUGGUUCUUGCCUGGUCGUCGGAAGAAGCAGCAAGGUAUUUGGAAACUUAUAAGGCAUACGAACAUGUAACUCCUACUUCUAUUAUGGAAAAGCCGUCAAUGGAUUAUUUAAGUCAAGUCCAGACAUGUCUUACCUCUGUCCGUGGGAUUAAUAAAAGUGAUAGUUUGACUCUCCUUUCUCAGUUUGGGUCUCUAAAAGGUGCGUUAUCUGCCUCCAGAGAAGAAUUAGAACAGUUGGAAGGUUGGGGUCCUACCAAAGUAAAUCGAUUUUUGGAAGCUUCACAGCAACCUUUCAUGUCACGUUCAGUGAUUAAGAAUCCUGGAUCGUUGUCGAAAGAUAUUUAAAAUUCAACUUACGAAAUUGCAUCAAUAGACGAUCGUUUUUCUACUUCAACCUAAAUUAAGUACAUACCAUCUCUUUUACUGAUAAUUGCUUUUAAUUUUAUUGUAAAGAAUAUUAUGCGUACAUUAAUUUCCCAAAAAACCCG